AUGGCGGCCAAGCUGGACCUCAAGAAGCUGCGGGUGCCGGAGCUCCGCGAGGAGCUGGCAUCGCGGGGAAUGGACACCACCGGCACCAAGUCCGUGCUGAUGGAGCGCCUGGAGAGGUCCCUGGACGCCGACGCCGCCCAGAAGGCGGCCGCAACAUCCGGCAUGGCCCCCGCGCUCGUGGUCGACGACACCAACGAACCCCUGGCCGACGUCCUGGCCGCCGGGGGCCCCGGGAUGCCGGCAGGCCAGCAGCAGCGCAAGCGGCUGCUGAUGCGGGCCAAGAAAGCGCCCGCGGCGGGCAAAGCAGGCGGCGUCAAGGCGGGGGAGGGGGAGAGGGAGAAGGAGAACGGGGCAGAUGGGGACGCGGACAACGGCAAGUCGCAGGCGGCGAGCCUGGCAGGAGCUGCAGAUGGACCGUCUGGGUCCAGCUUCGGCAGCAAGGCCAAGCACCAGGCCAUUGUUUUCAAUGGCGCCAGCGCAGUCGAUGUGAAAUUGGUGCCCAAUGUGAAGGCACCAGUUGUGGAGACGGUUGAAGAGUCAUCAGAAGCGGAGAAGAGAAAAGAGCGAGCGAAGAGAUUUGGAAUUUUCGACUCCAGCCUUGAGGCCGACAAAAAGAAGGCCCGCGCGGCCCGGUUUGGCAUCCCCACACAGGAGCUGGAGGAGGAAAAGAAGAAAGAACGCGCCAAGCGCUUCGGCAUCCCCACGCCGGAGCUGGAAGAGGAGAAGAAGAAGGUGCGCGCCAAGCGCUUCGGCAUCGUGACCAAAGAGGACGAGGAGGAGAAGAAGCGGUCGCGGGCCAAGCGCUUUGGCAUAGUCACCGCAGAGGGGGAACGAGAGAAGAAGAAGGCUCGGGCGGCACGGUUCGGGCUCAGCGCGCCCACCACAGGGCUGAGCGAGACCGAAAAGCUGAAAAAGCGGGCGCAGCGAUUCGCCAGCUGA